CGCUGCGCCACUCGGGAGCCCAAGAUACAUUCCUUAUGUUUCCAAAAGCGUACCGCAAGCGUUGCGUGUUAAUGUUUAGAGCAAGCGUCAAGGCUCUUAACAAAACUCCCCCAGUCAGAAGAUACUAUCGUCAAUAGUCGUUAAAGCAGUUAGCAUCUACGAAUAAGGUAUGUGUACAGUAGACAGACCUGCAGACCAAAACAACACUUAAACUGCUCAGUGUCAGUGACAGACAAGUGUGCCAACAUGCUUGGUCCAUGGAAAGGGAGCACCAAUGCAGCAAACAGAAACACAAAGUAAAAUAUUGUUGUGCUUCAUUAAAGGUCAGCGAUGUAGUUCACAUAACUUUUGUUUCUGACUUACAGUGGCUUGGUCUUUGAUUGCUACAUCAAGCAGGUUAUUUCAAGAUAACUUGAAACGAGAGUCAAGCGAUUUUACGGCUAUUCCCAGUGUAGACAUAUUGGCUCAGCAUAUACUCAUCCCAUGAUUGGACUGCAUGGAACUUUAGUACUUUACCUCAAACUAAGAGAAAAAGAAUACAACAUUUUCAGCAGUGUUAUAGAUCAGUGAUAUGGAGGGAGGCAACAAUGAUGACAGUCUGGAACACAUCUGGCGUUAUUCUGGAUAUUGACCCAGGGUCCUGGGCAGACCGCUCACCCUUACAUGAUGCUGCAUGCCAAGGUCGUCUCUUCGCUCUGAGGAAUCUCCUUUUACAGGGCCACAAUGUAAAUGCGGUCACUAUAGACCAUGUGAGUCCUCUCCACGAGGCCUGCUUUGAAGACCAUGUAGCAUGUGCCAGAGCUCUGAUCGCUGCAGGAGCCAAUGUGAACAUCACCACCAUUGACGGGGUAACUCCCCUGUUCAACGCGUGCUCAGUGGGUAGUGUAUCAUGUGCAGAGGUCCUCCUGGAGAACGGGGCCAAACCCGAGGCGCUGGUAUUUCAGCCCUCGCCCAUUCACGAAGCCAGCAGUAAAGGCAGCAGUGAGUGUGUGGAGACUCUAGUCAGAUGGGGAGCAGAUGUGGACUUUGAAAUUCCUCACCUGGGAACGCCCCUCUACACCGCCUGUGUCUCUCAGGAGAUAGAGUGUGUCCGGAGGCUGCUGAGGGAAGGAGCAAAUGUACAGAAAGGUAUAUAUAUGGAAUCUCCCUUACAUGCUGCCGCUGAAAAGGACUGCACAGCCAUUGUUAAGCUGCUGUUGGACUUCGGGGCAGAUAUCAACGCCAGGAACAUGGCGUACCAGAGACCUGUGGAGGCCGCUCCCCCCAGCAGCCUGACAGAGGGGUUCCUUUUGGUCUAUGAGGCCACGCCCCAACCACUGAGUCAGCUGUGUCGACAGCGCAUCCGUGACUGUGUGGGCCGCGACAGGUUUCACCUCGUCAACCAUCUACCCCUGCCCAAUCCCCUCAAGAACUACCUCCAGUACAGAUGAUAAGCAGAGAACAUCACAAUUUCAUACGCUGUGGUGGUGGCUUCUUCCAUGUUGUCAAUCAUUCAUGGGAACUCAACAGCCUGCAAUGGUUGAAGGAGCACUUUUGACACAACUGGCACUUUAAGGAAUGAAAUGCAUACUUGAUAUAGCUUAUACUUGAUUUUAGUGUGGUUCACAAGAUCAAAUGCUCAAAUUUGGGAUUGGAGCAAUGACCAACAACCAUGGUUUGCUAUGAACAUUUUCAAGGGAGAGAUUCAUGUAAAUCCAGAGCUCAAUUGUUAAACACACUUAGAAAAUGAGUGCCUCUUUUCACUAUUUAGUCAAUAAAAAUGGCUGGCACAUAUGCUCAUACUGUACAAUAGCACAAUUUAAAGUGCAUGCGUUUUAUGAAAAAAUUUGCUUAAUUUUGAUUAUUACACUAUAAUGGUUUAUCACCUUGUUCUGUGAUUUACGUUAGACCUAUGCAUCGGCAAAACUUGAAAUUCACCAAAAUCCUUACCAUUAUGGAGAACAAUUCACUCAUGCAUUCAUAUCCUCCAAAAUAUAGACAUACAUUUGAUUGCUUGAUGUGUUUUAUUAUGUGCAAUAUCAUUGUCUGAGCUGCAAGCUAUUAUCUUAUUAAAACGCUUUGAAUUCAA